GCGUGCGCCACCACGCCCGGCUAGGAGAGCUUUUCAAUAAACCAGCCAAGAAGCGCAUGCGCCCCAGGAACCUGGGCCAGGUGGUUGGGGUGUAGAACCCAGAUUGCAGCCUACAACCCGGCAAAUAGCAGGCGGGCGCGUGAUACCGGAACUCACGCACAGUUCUGUAAAUCCACAAGGUCCGUGGGGACCACGUCCUCCAACUUAUCAAACUUCCCAGCACCCCGCCGCUCACCACCUCGCCUCCCGUUUCCUAGGAGUCGCGCCGGAAGUGACAUCAGGCUCGGCGUGGAGACGCGGCGGCGCUUCCGGCGCGGCGGCCGUGCUGUGGGUGUCUCACAUCUGAAACAUGGCUACAGAUUGGCUGGGCAGUAUUGUGUCCAUCAACUGUGGAGACAGCUUGGGUGUCUACCAAGGAAGAGUGUCAGCGGUGGACCAGGUCAGCCAGACCAUUUCCCUUACCCGGCCUUUCCACAAUGGAGUGAAGUGUCUUGUGCCUGAAGUCACCUUCAGGGCAGGUGAUAUCACAGAACUAAAAAUACUGGAGAUACCAGGUCCUGGAGACAGCCACCACUUUGGAGACCCUCAUCAGACAGAAUUAGGUCCCUCUGCUGUUGGAUACCAAGUGGGUAUCAAUCAGAAUGGCACAGGCAAGUUGGUCAAGAAGCCGACUUCUUCCAGCAGUGCCCCUCAGAACAUCCCUAAGAGGACAGAUGUGAAGAGUCAGGAUGUUGCCGUUUCUCCCCAGCAGCAGCAGUGCUCCAAGAGCUAUGUGGACAGGCAUGUGGAGCCCUUGAGUCAGUCCAAAAGCUUCCGUCGUCGGCAUAACUCCUGGUCAUCUAGCAGCAGGCACCCAAAUCAGGCAACUCCAAAGAAAAGUGGUUUGAAGAAUGGCCAAAUGAAGAAUAAAGAUGACGAGUGCUUUGGGGAUGACAUUGAGGAGAUGCCAGACACAGAUUUUGAUUUUGAAGGGAACCUGGCCCUUUUUGACAAGGCAGCUGUGUUUGAGGAGAUUGAUACCUAUGAGAGGAGAACCGGUACCCGUUGCCGGGGCAUCCCAAAUGAAAGGCCUGCUCGGUACCGCCAUGAUGAAAACAUCCUAGAGUCAGAGCCCAUUGUUUACCGACGGAUCACAGUGCCCCACAGUGUGAGCAAGGAGUUCUGCACAGACUCUGGCCUGGUGGUCCCAAGUGUUUCCUAUGAGCUGCAUAAAAAGCUGUUAUCUGUGGCAGAGAGGCAUGGGCUGACCCUGGAGCGGAGGCUGGAGAUGACAGGUGUAUGUGCCAGUCAGAUGGCGCUGACCCUCCUGGGAGGACCCAACAGGCUGAACCCCAAGAACGUUCACCAGAGGCCCACUGUGGCCCUGCUGUGUGGGCCCCAUGUGCAGGGGGCCCAGGGCAUCAGCUGCGGGAGGCACCUGGCCAACCAUGAUGUGCAGGUCAUCCUCUUCCUGCCCAACUUCGUCAAGAUGCUGGAGUCCAUCACCAAUGAGCUGUCUCUCUUCAGCAGGACCCAGGGCCGGCAAGUGUCCAGCCUCAAAGAUCUGCCCGCCAGCCCUGUGGACCUGGUCAUCAACUGCUUGGAUUGCCCUGAGAAUGCCUUCCUGCGGGAUCAACCCUGGUACAAGGCAGCAGUGGCUUGGGCCAACCAGAACCGGGCACCAGUGCUCAGCAUAGACCCUCCUGUGCACGAAGUCGAGCAGGGCAUUGAUGCCAAGUGGUCCCUGGCACUGGGCCUCCCCCUGCCACUUGGGGAGCACGCAGGUCGUGUCUAUCUGUGUGACAUCGGCAUCCCCCAACAGGUCUUCCAGGAGGUGGGCAUCAGCUACCACUCGCCCUUUGGCUGCAAGUUUGUCAUUCCCCUGCACUCUGCCUAGAGCCCUGCUAUCAGCCGAUGAUGGACGCCUUAAGGAUGUGAAGCUUCAUGGGCCUUGCUGUACAGUUUUUCUGUUUUGGGUUGGUUUCCUUCUGUGAGAUAACAAAACACAAUGAAAACUGGCCUGUUGCCUGGCAGUGGCUGAGCACCAGGUACCUCUGCCCCUCGGGGUUUGUUUACAGACUCAGGCAGUUCUGACUGUUCAGGGUUACAGUGCAGGUGGCAGUGCCUUGGAGAACUGGGCCUCUGUACCUACACUGCUGGCUGUGGACUUGUCCCCUGCUUGCCCAGCCGUAGCCCUUCAUCGUCAUGUGAUGGUCACGUGCCACCUGUCACAGCAGAGGGUAGUCACGAGGGGCUGUUGUCUUUCUCCUGAGCCAAGCCAGGUAUUGUGCUGGGUUUUUCUAGGUCUUUCUAUCCCACCUCUGUGAGAGGCAGGAGACAGGGGCUUAGAAUGGUUGCACCAUAGUGGGGUCUGUUGGCUGUCUGUGGUCUUCGGCGCAGCUCAUACGAGGUUAUGUUACUGGGGAACCACAGUGCCCAUAUUGCCAGCAGUGCCCACCCUGGCUGGUGGGUGUCUUUGUUGAGUCAGGCCAAACGGCUCGGUGCAGCUUUAAGGUCCAGGGUUGGGGAGGCCUGGGGCAGCCUGGUGCUGCAUGAGGCAGCUCCUGGUGCUUGUUCUAACCUGUCCCCCCAUCAUGCACACACAGCCCACUCUUCCAUCCCUUCUGCCUGUCCCUCAAAAUGCUCCCCCAUAGCUACCAUCCUAGAGCAGGGGUGUAUCCCUCUUUCCUAGGCUCCUCCCCAGCGUUUCGGUCUGGACUUGGCUCUUCUGGUUGUCACUCUUGGUAUGUAGGCUUGGGGCAGCAGCUUGUGUCAGAGAUGCCCAAAAAAGGCCUGGCCCCAGGUGAGCCCAUUGGUGGGCAGCUCGUCGUCGGAUCCCGGAGGCCCAGCCCCAGGACCUACCUGGACCGGUACUGGAAGCAGGUGGAACAGGGCCAAUCCUGGAGCCCUGGGAUGUGUGUGUGUGAGGGUGGGACAUGCAAGUACAUAGGACUUCAGGCUCCUUUUGUUUUGCCCAGAGUGGCUGAGGGGAGGUUGGGAGGGAGGGUGGGUGGGUUGGGGCAGGGAUGGGCUAGCCGAGGAUUGUGGUCACAAGGCUGUGAUGCUGCCCACUGGCAGAGUCUGGAACAGAUGCAGAGGGCUGGUCCCUCCCCUCUGAUCAUUCCUCCACAGUGUGGUCUCUAGCAGUGGGAGGAGGCCAGGGGCCAGUGUGCCUUGCUGUGCCUGUACCCACUCUCAGGGCCAGGCAGCUCUCAGGCCAGGCCCCUUUCUCCACAGGCAGGGCUACAGUCUGGGAUGCCAGGUAACAGGCACUAGCAGGCAGUCAUCGUAGGGCCUGGACUUACAGGUCUCCUGUUGGUUGUGAUGACCUAGAACCCUGGUCUGACGACUGGUAGUGCCAGUGCACUGUCCCUGGGUGAUGGCCUUGUUGAGACCACUAGGAGUUUGUGCCCAAGCCUCUUUUCUCCCCAGGUGGCAAGGGGACCUCCUUGCCUUCAGUCUUGGCUUCCCGAGAUAUUAAGAUGGGCACAGUUCCCUCUCCCUUCUGUUCCUCUCAGAAGCUUCCUGGCCAGGCCCCAAGAGGUUCUGACAGGUAACCAAGCCUGACAUUUGUGCAGCUCUUGGGAAACCAAAACCAGCACUACAAUAAAGUUGAACAAGCAA